AGGCACAUAAUCAAAAUGGCGUCUCGUCUCUUCUUGUGUUUAUUGCUACAGGCAAUCGUGACAGUGUUUGGAUACCCCAGUACAGAUUCCAUCGAUGACUACUGUGGCAGCACUGUCUACGUCUCUGAUUCCACGAUCCUCAAGCUCCGGAGCUGGGAUUGGCCAAUCCAAGACACAUGUUCGGUGACAUUCACGACAAUCAACAUCUACCACACCAACUCCUACCUCUCUGUGCAGUUCCUCGACAUCGACCUUAAUGGCGACCUUUCAGGCUCCUGUACCCUGAGUCGUGUUGAUGUCAUGGACACAUCUGGCAACUCCCUCAGCCGUAGCUCGGGUACCUGUGGCUACUCGACGCCGUAUGACCAACCCUGGACGAGCACUGGAGACAGUGUAGUGGUCAAGCUCAAACGCCUCCAGCCUGGGCAGUCCGGGACGUUCAAGAUCCUGGUGACGCAAUUUGCCUACGGUACCUGUGACAGCUAUGGGGAAUUUGAGUGCGGUAACGGCCGGUGUGUGGACGAGGACGUCAAAUGUGACGGCUACGAUGACUGCACCGACGACUCCGAUGAAAUCGCGGGAUGUUCAUGGGCACCAGGUGUCGUCGCUGGUGUUUCUAUCUCCGUUAUCUGUCUCGUCCUGAUCUUCAUCGGCAUUGUUGUCGCGGUCUUCAGACGGAGAACCUACGGAAAUGUGUUUGGGCGUUCCAACGUUACGUACAAUAGUACGUCAACGGUGCAAGGCAGUACGGUGCUCGGCUCGCAAUACGGAGUGCAGAAUCCGGCCCCCGUUUAUAGCAUGCCGCCUCCUCCCUAUAGCGCUCCGCCUCCUUCCUACAGCGCAACAGGGAAGUACUAAUGAUCAACCCAGGUCUCUCUUUCCCUCUGGAAAUAUGAUUAAUAUGAUUUGUUGUAAAUUAAACAUGUUGAUAUAAAUGCCAUCGAAUAUCAUGGAAUGGUGGCAUUAUAGCGAGUUUGGUGUUACAAAUCAUGUAACUGAUCGUUUUUAAUGUAGAGGUUUUUUUGUGUGCAAUGUUUGUGACAAUUAAUGUUGUAGUAUCAUUGAUAUAUAGGUAACAGUAUCCAUAUAAUUUUAAAAAAAGAUGAUGAUAAUGAUGAUGAUGAUUGUCAUUGGUUAUGAUUAUGAUUAUGAUUAAAUAUAAGGUUUGAAAGCAGUAAUUAACUGACUUUCUAAUGCAACGUAUAAUGUAUUAUGGCUAAUUUGGUGUACUUCUUGGCAGGUUUUUAAAGACAAUGAAUAAAAAUAAUAGCUUCACGAAA